AUGCCUUGCCUUGCCUCGCCUGGCCUCGCCUGGCCUCGCCUUCACAUACGUCUUCAGCAGGGCCUCCCGCGUGCCUGCCUCCUGCACCUGCCACAACCGCCCAGGCGCCUCCUCCCUGGCCUGUCCCCGCAGGACGGCACGCUGCUGGACAGCCGCAGCCGGGUGCUGCCCUCCUCGGUGGCUGCCAUCAAGGCGGCGAUGGCGCGAGGGGUCACCGUCUUCCUGGCCACCGGCAAGGCGCGCCCCGCCGCCAUCUGCGCCAUGCAGGCGGUGGGGCUGGCGGGCGAGGGGCUGGUGGUCAGCACCCGCGGGCCCGGCAUCUUCCUGCAAGGCCUGGCGGCGUACGGGCGCGGCGGGGAGCUGAUUGCCGGCGGCCAGCUGCCGGCGGAUGUGGCGCGGGCGGCGUUUGAAUUCUCGGCGGCCCACGACGUGCCCGUGUGCGGCUUCCUGGGCGAGGAGUGUGUGACGCACAAGAUGCACCCGGAGCUGCAGGAGCUGCACGCCAGGUACUACGAGCCCCUGGCCUCUGUGGCUUCGAUAGACGAGGUGAUGCGGGGCCCGCCGCUGCGCAAGCUGCUGUUCAUGACGCGGGCCGAGGUGGUGGAUGGGCACCUCAAGCCGCACUGGCGCGCGGCGCUGGAGGGCACGGAGGCGGAGACGAUGCAGGCGGUGCCAGACAUGCUGGAGGUGGUGCCGAGCGGGUGGGACAAGUGGCGGUCCAUGCAGCAGCUGCUGGAGCACUGGGGCGUGCCCGCCAGCGACCUGGUGGCCGUCGGCGAUGGCAGCAACGACCUGGGCAUGGUGGCGGGUGCAGGGAUGGGGGUGGCGAUGGGCAAUGCGGUGCAACGGGUCAAGCAGGCGGCGCAGCUGGUGGUGGCUGACAACGACAGCGGCGGCGUGGCGGAGGCCAUUGAGAGCCUCAUCCUGUGA